AUGCAUCGUGGAAAGCGGCCUGCGUCUCAGAACCCCGAGUUGCUCCAAAAACAGGAGGACUUCGAACUGAGCGGCGUGGCCGCUGCCGCGUCCAAGAAGUGGGCCAAGUCUGUCUCCAAGCUGCAGAGGAAGGCGGAGAUGGAAGACUCGAAUGGUGACGACGCCUGGCUCUCAACCCUGCUCCCAGAGGCCUACGACCUGCCCGUGCCCGGUGUCCGCGCCCCGAAAUCCAAGCCCCACCACAGGCGCACGGCCAGCCGCGUGCUGGACGAGCUGCCCAUGGUCAACCCGCUGUUCGAGACCGUGGACCAGCCCGACAGGGGCGUAAGCUGCCCGCGGCUGGGCACCAAGAACUGGUUCGCCGAGAACGGCGUGGACAUCCCCGUGGCGGAGUCCAGGGCCGUGCCCGAGGCGCCCAAGGGGCCCCAGGACACCGUCACCCUGGAGAGGACCGCCGUGGAGAGCAGGGAGGCCAGGAGGGGCGGCGGGGACAGGGGGAGGAGCGCCGGUGGGCACGAGAGGAGCUCCAGGGGAGGCGCACCGCACCGCAGGGCGAAGCAGGAAAAGCGGCCGAGGAUCUUUCCGGCGAACGGGGUGGUGGAGGGCGGCCGGGGGCCGUAUGCGGUGGCCCUGCGCGGUCCACAGCCGAAGGUGGCGCCGGCGUUCCCUUGGCGGAUGCUCUUCUACGUCACCACUCUCCUCGCGUGGAGCCUGGCCGUGGAGAUCGUGACCGAUUAUGGCCAGAAGGCAAUGGCCUGCGGCGCUUGUGUGGUGGAGAAUCGAGAACUCGCCAACCGCAUCGAGGCCACAGAGCUGGAGAUGUUCGAUCGCGUGGGGUCCAUGGGGAUGUUGCUUUCCACCCAGGCUCUGGAGAACCAUCGUUUGAAGGAAGAGCUGGUGGAUGCACAGCUGUUUGCGAAGUACGUGCGACUGGGGGGAAGGUUGAACGUCAAAGAGAACCAGGGCGCCAAGGCAUCAGGUGAGGAAAUGGGCAGCCCUCCGGCAAGCCCCUUGGCAAGGUUUCUGGCUGACGUGCAGAAGGGUGCUUGGAGAUUGCGGUACCACUUCGCAAGGUUGGUAGGGUACAUCAGGAAGCAUAUGAAUCUUCCCAUUGACAGUGCCAUGUACGAGAGGCUGAAAUGGCUGGAGAGCAUGGCAGUAGGGCCUGUUGAAUAA